AUGAUAUUCGGCCGACAGUUUUUGGUACUCGACGAAAGGGCAGCGAUCAUCAAAAAGGGAGAGACGGGUAAAGAGUUUGGCGAACAGUUGGCCGACGGCGUCGACGGCGCUAUGAUUUUACACAAUGAUUAUUACGACGACUUCUUUCAUCACGAUUUUUUAUUUUUAUUUAAAGGUGACAAUAUUUGGCGAUAUGUUGUGUACCGGUUUGGCACCGAUCAGCUAAUAACGUACAGCAUAGAGGGGAUGGAUAUAAAAUUGCAACAAAUUCACCCCAAACUACCGGACAGAUUCAAUAUAGGCUUAAAAAUGAUAAUUUCCCGGUUCGUACGAACAGUGGCCGUGAGUGGGCUAACCAUUCACCAAGAGCUGGAUGGACUGAUCCCGAGGAAAGAGGUGGUCAUUUCUACCCUAUUGGACCGAUUAGUAUACGAGACACUGGCUUUUGUCACACAUGUGAUGUGCAAACGAUCUCAAUAUUAUUGGUUAUUAUUGUAUUCAUUACUUAUGACAGGAAUUGUAUUAAUUGUUCACAUGUUUGUACUGGUGUUGAGAGUCGGUUACAAACGGGUAGUCAAUACAGUGACCCGCGCGGACAGCGCCGGCUCUUUUGUCAUAUGA